AUGAAGGUUUACUGGAAGCACAAGACACUGUUUGGUGGAUUAGUCAUCAUGAUGGGUGGUUUCUAUUUACUGAUGAUGCUGUUGGGAUUCAUUGGUAGCAGAUUUGGUGAAGCUGGCAUGAGAGAACUGGCUGUUCAGAGUGAUGUAGUGGCUGAAGGCUCAAUGGAGAAGGUGAUCAGCGGCAAGCAUUAUAACAGGGCUGUGCGCCGUCAUAAAAUUGUGUAUGAAGCGUUGAUGAGAUUUCUUAUACAGGAGCUAGAAUCGUCUCUCACAGAUGAGUCAAACGCCUGUAUGCUCAACAAAGAGAAACAUCAAGUUAGAUAUCGGACCAAACGAAUUUGA